CGGGGGAGGAAGGGAAAGAGCGCGGGGGGCGGGGAGGGGCAGCGCCGGGUUGGUGCGCCGAGAGAGGCGAGGCGCGGUGUGAGCGAGUCGUGGCCCCCGUGCCGGUAGCUUCUGAGCCGCUGUCCGCUGCGCGGCCUCCGCCCUCAUUGCGGGCGGCCGCCUGCGGAACCCCGAGAAGCCCCCGGCGUCCCCGACCGGGCCGAGGAGUGAGGACGGGGAAUCGGCGCUGAGAGAAGAGCCGGACGGAGCGGCCGAGCCCAAGGCCCCCGGGAGUGGCGGUGGGGGGCUGAGGCCCCCAAGGGGGCCCCGCCGCGAUGGGCAACCUGGAGAGCGCCGAUGGGGGUCCGGGCGAACCGCCCUCGGUCUCGCUGCUGCCGCCGCCCGGCAAGAUGCCGAUGCCUGAGCCCUGUGAGCUGGAAGAGAGGUUCGCCCUGGUGCUGAGCUCCAUGAACUUGCCCCCUGACAAGGCCCGGCUCCUGCGGCAGUACGACAAUGAGAAGAAGUGGGAUUUGAUCUGUGACCAGGAACGAUUCCAGGUGAAGAACCCCCCACACACUUAUAUCCAGAAACUCCAGAGCUUCUUGGACCCCAGCGUAACUCGGAAGAAGUUCAGGAGGAGAGUGCAGGAGUCGACCAAAGUACUGAGGGAGCUGGAGAUCUCGCUUCGUACCAACCACAUUGGGUGGGUGCGGGAGUUUUUGAAUGAUGAAAACAAAGGCCUGGAUGUGCUGGUGGAUUACCUGUCCUUUGCUCAAUGUUCUGUCAUGUUUGACUUUGAGGGUCUGGAGAGUGGUGACGAUGGUGCAUUUGACAAGCUCCGGUCCUGGAGCAGGUCCAUCGAGGACCUGCAGCCACCCAGCGCCCUGUCAGCCCCCUUCACCAACAGCCUCGCUCGCUCUGCGCGCCAGUCUGUGCUCCGGUACAGCACUCUUCCUGGGCGCAGGGCCCUGAAGAACUCCCGCCUGGUGAGCCAGAAGGAUGAUGUCCAUGUCUGCAUCCUUUGUCUCAGAGCCAUCAUGAACUAUCAGUACGGCUUCAACCUGGUCAUGUCCCACCCCCAUGCUGUCAACGAGAUUGCGCUCAGUCUCAACAACAAGAAUCCAAGAACCAAAGCCCUUGUCUUGGAGCUCCUAGCAGCCGUGUGUUUGGUGCGGGGAGGUCACGAAAUCAUUCUUGCUGCCUUUGACAACUUCAAAGAGGUGUGCAAGGAGCUGCGCCGCUUUGAGAAGCUGAUGGAGUACUUCCGGAACGAGGACAGCAACAUCGACUUCAUGGUGGCCUGCAUGCAGUUUAUCAACAUCGUGGUGCACUCGGUGGAGGAUAUGAACUUCCGGGUCCACCUGCAGUAUGAGUUUACUAAGCUGGGGCUGGAGGAGUUCCUGCAGUCAAGGCACACAGAGAGCGAGAAGCUGCAGGUGCAGAUCCAGGCGUACCUGGAGAAUGUGUUCGACGUGGGGGGUUUGUUGGAGGAUGCCGAGACCAAGAACGUGGCCCUGGAGAAGGUGGAGGAGCUGGAGGAGCAUGUGUCGCACCUCACAGAGAAGCUUCUGGACCUAGAGAACGAGAACAUGAUGCGGGUGGCGGAGCUGGAGAAGCAGCUGCUGCAGCGGGAGAAGGAACUUGAGAGCAUCAAGGAGACUUAUGAGAACACGAGCCACCAGGUGCACACCCUGCGGCGGCUCAUUAAAGAGAAGGAGGAGGCCUUCCAGCGCCGAUGCCACUUGGAGCCCAAUGCCCGGGACUUAGAGUCGGUGGGCAGCGAGGCCCUGGCCCGGGUGGGCUCUGCAGAGCUGAGCAUGGGCACGCCGUCCUCUGACCUGGACCUCCUGGCUCCAGCCCCGCCCCCUGAGGAGGCCCUCCCUUUGCCUCCUCCACCUGCUCCUCCCUUGCCCCCUCCCCCUCCCCCUUUACCAGACAAGUGUCCCCCCGCCCCACCUCUCCCUGGUGCUGCUCCCUCUGUGGUGCUGACAGUAGGCCUGUCAGCCAUUCGCAUCAAGAAGCCUAUCAAGACCAAGUUCCGGCUGCCUGUCUUUAACUGGACAGCACUGAAACCCAACCAGAUCAGUGGCACUGUCUUCAGCGAACUUGAUGAUGAGAAAAUCUUGGAGGACCUGGACCUGGACAAGUUUGAAGAACUGUUCAAGACGAAAGCCCAGGGCCCUGCCCUUGACCUCAUCUGCUCUAAGAACAAGACAGCACAAAAGGCCGCCAGCAAGGUGACCCUUUUGGAAGCCAAUCGUGCCAAGAACCUGGCCAUCACCCUACGCAAGGCUGGCCGCUCAGCUGAGGAGAUCUGCAGGGCCAUCCACACGUACGACCUACAGACACUACCUGUGGACUUCGUGGAGUGCCUGAUGCGCUUCCUGCCCACAGAGGCCGAAGUGAAGCUGCUGCGGCAAUACGAACGGGAGCGGCAGCCCUUGGAGGAGCUGGCGGCUGAGGACCGCUUCAUGCUGCUCUUCAGCAAGGUGGAGCGGCUGACCCAGAGAAUGGCAGGCAUGGCCUUCCUGGGCAACUUCCAGGACAACCUGCAGAUGCUCACGCCGCAACUCAAUGCCAUCAUUGCAGCCUCUGCCUCUGUCAAGUCCUCACAGAAGCUGAAGCAGAUGUUGGAGAUCAUACUUGCACUGGGGAACUACAUGAACAGCAGCAAGCGGGGUGCUGUGUAUGGCUUCAAGCUCCAAAGCCUGGAUCUGCUGCUGGACACCAAGUCCACUGACAGGAAGAUGACAUUGCUGCAUUUCAUCGCCUUGACGGUGAAGGAGAAAUACCCAGACCUGGCCAACUUCUGGCACGAGCUGCACUUUGUGGAGAAGGCCGCAGCAGUGUCCCUGGAGAAUGUGCUGCUGGAUGUGAAGGAGCUGGGCCGGGGCAUGGAACUGAUUCGGCGCGAGUGUAGCAUGCAUGACAACAGCGUCCUUCGGAGCUUCCUCAGCGCCAAUGAAGGCAAACUGGACAAGCUCCAGCGCGACGCCAAGACAGCGGAGGAGGCCUACAAUGCAGUGGUGCGCUACUUCGGUGAGAGUCCCAAGACCACACCUCCUUCUGUAUUCUUCCCAGUAUUUGUCCGAUUCAUUCGUUCUUACAAGGAAGCAGAACAAGAGAAUGAAGCCCGCAAGAAGCAGGAGGAGGUCAUGCGGGAGAAGCAGCUGGCUCAGGAAGCCAAGAAGCUGGAUGCCAAGACCCCAUCCCAGCGGAACAAGUGGCAACAGCAGGAGCUAAUUGCUGAGUUGAGGCGGCGCCAGGCCAAGGAGCACAGGCCUGUGUACGAGGGGAAAGAUGGUACCAUUGAGGACAUCAUCACAGUGCUGAAGAGUGUCCCUUUCACGGCCCGUACUGCCAAGCGGGGCUCACGCUUCUUCUGUGAUGCAGCCCACCAUGAUGAGUCAAACUGUUAACCCCCACGGCUGGGGCCCUUGACAGGUCCCCACCAGCCCAUUGUCGUUCGCCACCAAGCCAGGAGCGUGGCCCCACCCAGUGGCCCGCCUCGGGCGCCAGGCCCCCACUAAGACCCUCUAAGAGGCAGAAGCACUUCAACUCCCAGAGUCCUGCAAGUCCAACCCGCGGACCUGGAGCCCUGGAAUCGGCCAAGGGCCCAGCGGAAGGCUGUGCUGCUCCCGACCAGUGUCCACCCAAGCUCUCAGAGCUGCGUCUUCCCUGCCGCCACUGUGGGCACUAGGUCUUCCAGGGCCUUGCACGGCCCUGGUGCCUCCAGUACUGCACUUUGCCUCCAAGGUCUUCAACUUCAUUUCCUGAAGGGUCACCAAGGGUCAGCUGGAAAAAACCAUUUCGAGCUUUAGCCUACAGAGGGACACCGAGGCCACUCUGUCGGUAGAGCCAGAGGGGCAAGAGGAGUGUCCAGGCUUGGGGGGCCCUGGGACCCUGCCAAUCUCAGAUCAUCUUUUACCAGGAGCAAGGCCUUCCUAAGCCUGGGCCCCACUCAGCUGUGCCCUAGUGAUAAGGGUGAGGAAAGAAGCCACACUGGGCCCUGGGCCCUAGCCCUUUGCAUCCCAGGUUCUUGCUGAGGUGGGCAAAAAGGUUUUUCUCUGCCCUGGUCCCAAGACAGCUAGAGAAAGGGUAUGCCAACAAUAUCUUCACCUCCUUCAGCUACUUUUUUUUUUUUUUGAAGGGGCCGGGGACAUGGUGGUCUUACCUGCUAUAUUCUCAGUCCCCUGUCAGUUUCUUAGCCCCUGGAAGGGAACACAGGGGUCCAUUCCUUUUUGUACAUGUAUCAUCUCCCUUCUCUCUUGUACAUAAACCCUGGCCCUUCUUUCAACAAAGGCUUGAAGCACA